AUGCAGGCUUCAAUGGCGAAACCAAGGAGAACAAUGGGAAAGCUGGCCAGUCAGCACAGGAUGGUCGCCGCCGUGUUGUUCCUAUCGGCGGUCCUCUUGUUGCACGGAUCGAACCAAAAUCUUGACCCGGUCAAGCGUGACUUAUUGCUGUCUUUUUCGGGAGACGGUGCUGAUGCUGCUUCCGACCAACAGCAAGACAGUUCCCAUGCUACAGUCAUGGGAAUGGCCAUGGCAAGGGAUAUAUUUGUGGGGUCAUUGCGGGCCACCGGUUUCAAGGGCAACAUUAUUCUGGCAAUCUCACAAGACCCCAAGGAGGGAGUGGAAGCCUACUUGAAAAGCCAGAAUGUUACCUUGAAGAGAAUCAAUGUCAUCAACUGCACCUAUGAUAUCUUGACCAUCAAGGGUGUCAACAAGAACAAACUUAAUAGCCAUACACGGGAAGUUGGGACCUGUGCCCACCCAUAUCCUGAUUUGAAGAUUCGAUGGAGCCGCUUUGCGCUACUAAGGGACUACUUGGAGGAGUGUGACAAGUGUACUGGACCUGUGCUUGUCACAGAUGUCCGAGAUACUUUCUUCCAGCGAGAUCCAUUUGGGCCAGAAGCACCUCCUGUUGCUGGAUUGCAGGUGUUUGAGGAGCACAAGUCUCAAAGAACUACUCAUUGGCUGACUCAAUUUCCUAUUGAACAGUGCAAGAAGAUUCCGAUCUUUAAUGAGACCAUGCUUUGUUCUGGAACGACUAUUGGGACCAGACAAUCUAUGCUGCGUUAUCUCCAUGACAUGCUCUUUUACACUGGUAAGAUGCCCUAUGCCACGGCUCAACCGAACCGUAUGGGUUUGGUGCACACGGCGGGCAAGAUGGGUGGGAUUAUCAGCAAGGCAUUGAACAACAACAAGCACGAGGACAAAAAUCGUAACACGAGCCCGACGGAGGAAUCGAGAGGAGACUGGUUGGGUACGGAGUACGACUUGACGGAUCGCCAGGGCUUUUUUAUUAAUAGUGACGGACAAAGGUCGUUUGCGGUGCACCAGGCCGACAGGUUUGGCCCUAGAUUUGACUAUUGGUUGUGGCACGAUGGUCCCUUGAAAGGGCUCUGA